GACACACCUCCCACGAGACGGGUCUUUGUUAGCCGCUGUGAGGGCCCGCGCAUGCGUGAGUUGACGGACAGCUUAGUCGGAGACAGCAUGGAUGAGUUUCAGUCUGCUGAGGAGACAUCCUUUGUAGUUGAAGAAGUGACUGCUAUUAUUAAAGAGUGUAUUGAAAAUGCAAUCGGAGGAAAUUCUUACCAGCAUAGCCGAGUUAACCAGUGGACCUCCGGUGUAGUAGAGCAGUGUUUGAGUCACCUGACGAGGCUAAACAAACCCUUCAAAUAUAUUGUAACCUGCAUCAUCAUGCAAAAGAAUGGAGCAGGACUUCAGACUGCCAGUUCUUGUUUCUGGGACAACACUACUGAUGGAAGCUGCACAGUGAGAUGGGAGAACAAAUCUAUGUACUGCAUUGUUAGUGUUUUUGGACUAGCGAUAUAAUUGCAAACACAAAGACGACCCCAAGUCUGUGAGUUUGGGUUCAGGCUCAUUGCCAUUGUUU